GUGGUGGGAUGGAUGUCGACAAGUUCCGUGUGACGUGGGGCAUCAUUAGGCUGUCGCCACGACUUCUGUCAUCCCCUCCCCCUCCGCCCCGGACAUGGGCGUGUUGGAAUGUUCUGACAGAGUCACUGGAUGUGAAAGAGGAAGCCGUCAUCAGACAUCUGUCAUGGCGGAGGGAUCAACGCAUAUACGCGCCGGUGAGCAUUGCGAUCCCGACGGUGCUACAUCCUCGACAUCACUUGCAUCCCUCAAGCUCGACUUCGGCUGGCGUUGCCUGUCCGGGAUGGGCCUCGACUCGACUUCUCCACGCUCCAACCUCCCCUCCGUCGACCACAUGUGAUCUCUGCCUACUACAUCCUAUAUCCUAUGUAUCAUACCCUCUCCUCCUUCUUCUCUUAGCGAUUCGCCGACCUCACCAUGCAUUCCCCGCCCAAAUCCAUCACCGCGAACCCGCACGCACCCAUGUCUGGCCUGUCACAGUCUCUCAGUCGCUCGUGGGCAAUUCCCCCCGAGGUCCAAGACUCUCUCGAUCGCGACAUGGCAGCCAUGUCCGACACGGAAGAAGAUGACGAUGACGAGGAGGAUGCACGGGAGGAGGCAGACGACGAUGAGCUACACACCUCGCUGGCCGCCUCCGCGCCACUCCAGUCUCACAAUUACUCUCUCACCGGUUCUUAUCGACGUCCGAGCUUCACAGGGGCUAGGAACCAUGCUACGCUAGGGCCGGGGAUAUACAAAACAAUGAGCAUUGGCGAGCGGGGUCCGAAGGGUGAGCGACAGAGGGUUAUCGACGAAGAGAGGAGCCUGCUCCGAGACAACAACAUCAUCCCGCCGAAACAUCCCCGCACAGAGAGCCAGUCGCGCAGGAGAAGUGUCAUCGCCAAGAUGUUUUCCACCGAGACCGUCCGGCCGGACGAAGACGCGGUGGAAGAGGCCUCCGAAACCUCCCCUCUCAUCGGCGACCCCACGCAACCCUAUGGCGGUCAGGACAAUCCGGCCAUCAUCCAGCAGAAAUGGGAGGAAGCGGUCAAGGAGGGCAAGAUACAGACAACAUGGUGGCGCGAGGCCAAAACAAUCACCACUUAUUCUCUACCCCUCAUGGCGACGUUCUUAUUGCAAUACAGUCUCACCGUUGCAUCCAUCUUCACCGUCGGUCACCUGGGCACCCCAGAGCUGGGAGCCGUGAGUCUGGCAAGCAUGACUGCCAACAUCACGGGAUACGCCAUCUAUCAGGGCCUUGCCACUUCAUUGGAUACUUUGUGUGCGCAAGCAUACGGGAGCGGCAGGAGGAAGCUGGUUGGACUACAGAUGCAGCGAAUGUGCUAUUUCCUCUGGGCCAUUACGAUUCCCAUUGGAGUCAUCUGGCUGUUAGCCGACAAAAUUCUCGACCAUCUUGUGCCCGAAACACGCAUCGCAGAUCUCGCGGGGCUCUAUCUCAAGGUCGUCCUCAUUGGAGCGCCCGGCUACGCGGCGUUCGAGGCCGGCAAACGCUUCGUGCAAGCUCAAGGCAUGUUCUCUGCCUCCUUGAUGGUCCUAUUGAUCUGCGCGCCGUUGAACGCUUUCAUGAACUGGUUGUUUGUGUGGCAUUUCAAAAUGGGAUUCGUCGGCGCUCCGAUCGCAGUUGCCAUCACAGACAAUCUUCUCCCCCUCGGCCUCUGGAUUUACGUCUACUUCUUCAGCAAAAACGGGAUGAGCUGCUGGAAUGGCUUCACCAAGCAAUCAUUCAGGAAUUGGGGACCAAUGAUUCGUCUUGCCAUCCCCGGCGUCGUCAUGGUCGAGGCGGAAUGUCUGGCCUUUGAACUCCUCACCUUUGCGAGCUCCUUCUUCGGCGUGGAAAUCUUGGCUGCGCAGAGCGUCUUGGCAACAUUGACGAGCAUCACCUUCAUGAUCCCCUUCCCGCUCUCCAUCGCCGCCUCCACUCGAGUGGCCAACUUGAUUGGAGCAACACUGGCCGAUGCAGCCAAGUUGACUGCCAAAGUGGCAACGGUCGGCGCCUUCAUCAUCGGCAUCUUCAACGUCGUCCUCCUCUCGGCGCUGAAAGAUCACAUUCCCUACCUCUUCACCUCCGACCCGGAAGUCAUCGAAGUCGUCUCCGCAAUCCUGCCCCUUUGCGCCGCCUUCCAACUCUUCGACGCGCUAGCAGCGCUUUGCAACGGUCUGCUGCGCGGCUUGGGACGGCAGCACUUUGGAGGCUACGUCCAGCUCUUCUGCUACUAUGUCGUGGCCAUGCCGAUAUCUAUGGGAACGGCAUUCAAACUCGACUGGGGGCUGUGGGGUCUGUGGACGGGUGUUGCCAUCGCACUGGGGCUGGUGUCGGUGACGGAGUUUGUUUAUUUGUACUUUACGGAUUGGCAGAGGAGCGUGGAGGAGGCGAGGCUGAGGAAUGACUUUGAAGGGUAGAGCCGUUUGUGUAUUACGAUCUAGCGAGUAAAGGUAGAUUCGAACCAGAUCCAAGGUUGAAGCUCAUUUCGUCGUCCGUAUGAUUCAGACGUAGUCUUUUAAUUCUCCGUAUGCUUCAAAUGUGCCACUCAUUCUUGAUUAUCAGUUCUUUUU